AGAACAAUCAGCUUCUGCUCCUUCAGGUUUUGCACCAUCACUCUGACUUUGCCAAUUUACAAGUUUAGCAUUUUCCGAAUAGCUUAUGUGCUGGAAGGGUUUUUUGGGGUGUCACUAAACUCAUGCCUUUUGUUUGGUAUAGUCUGUGGUGUCACCAUGCACUCCCUUUACAACAGGGAGUAGUGCACAGGGUGCAGCAGAGCCAGGGAUGUUCAUCUGAGCUGAAUUCAUUCUGAGUAAAAACUGACAAAUCUUCUCUAUGUCAGUGGAGCUCUGCUCUUUAUACACAAAGCAAGCACAAAUUAAGUUUAGGAUAAUUCCAUCUGCUUUUUCCUACCUUGGGACUAAUCCCUGGCACUAAAGAUCCUCCAGGUAGAUGAGAUGCAUCCCAAGGGUGACUCAUUGGUUUGAGUCAAAUACAGUUGAAGCUUGUGUUGCUGCAGGAGAUUAGAGGGAAAAGUGAAAAGGUGUUUGCUGUGAGAGCAUGCACCAAUCUUGUUCUGGUGUGGGUGCAGCAGAGGCAGGCAGUCUCCAGGUCUGUGUUCUACAGUUUGUGUGGCUCUGAAACAUCCACACAUGCUGCAAUUCCAGCACAGCAGCUCCUAAAGCUGCACCUCCUCCAAGGUCCCAGGGCUGAGUGAGAUGGUCUGGUUUUACAGGGGAGUUGCAGGGAAAUCUAGAAAUACUUACUGUAAAGUUCUGCUCUAUGUUACCUGCCCAGUAGGGAAAAAAUUAGUUAGAAGUUCUGCCCAGGGUUAACCUGGUAAGAACUACACUGAGCUAAGGGAAGACAGUCAGCUCCUGUGGGAAUUGGCACUGCUGAAAUGUGCCUCGAUGGCCUCUUAAACACUAAGAAAGCUGGUGCCAGUGCGUCCUGUCUUCUCAGCUGGCCCUGCGAGGUUUUUCUAGUCCAGACAACAAAAUGAAUCCUUUUAAGUAUUUUCACCAUUACCCCAGAAUAUGCUGGCCAUAGUCAGGGUACUUGCCUAUGGGUUACAUUCCUACUCCUCUGCCUUUUCUUGGAUUUCCCUGCUGAAUGCAGAUUUUGCAUGUCAAUCUGAUUUUUCAUUAUGUUUUCCAGACCCCCUGGCUGGAGUAGACCUGCUAAAUGAGGUGACUUCUCUGUUCACCACCAUUUCCUACUACUACUGCAUUUGUCUAAGACAUUGCUUGGACCUUGUUCCUUGCAGGAGCUGAAGGAAUUGUGUUCAGAAAAAGUUAAUUCAAUGCACUUCUUUUGGUUUUGUUACUCUCCUAACCCUUGUCACCCCAGCCUAUCAAAGAAGCAAAAUGUUUUCCUUCCAGCCUGGAAGAAGUGAGAGGGUAUUGUUAAUUCCAGUUCUGUGUCCCUGGUGUGGGACAGCACUCAAAUACUGCCUCUGUUCAUGUCCCUGUGCCAGCAUUUUUGUCCUCUUUCUCUCUGGGUUUGAAGUUGGAAAGAUAGAAAUGGUGUCUGGAAGAGAUGGGAGAUGACCUGUGUGUUCCCACUGGGAAAGGUUACUGGCAGCUGGCUGAAUCACCAUCUCUCUUCUUUUCACAGGCUUCCUUUGCUGUGGUGCUGAGAAGUUGAGUCUGCUCUGCACGGUGGGUUUGCAGUGCUGAGCCCCUGCAUCAUUUGUGUGUCCUGUGUCACUCAGGGUGGGUUCUCUCUUCCACAGGGAUGGAAACAGGUCAAUUAAAACUUCAUUGAAGCCUUUUGGAAUGUAACACUUAGGCAGUCUUUAAAAGAAGCUGUGUAAUGCACUGCACCAUGCUCUGCUUUACUCGAUUUUGGGUUCAUUUGAUGCAUUUAAUACCCAGAACAAACUGGGGGAUCGGCUGGAAGUGAGGGGAAGCCGUGCAGAAACAACUUGGCAGCUGUUCCGUGUGAGUGGAGGGGCUGGGGGGAGGCUCGGAGCGCCCUCCCUGCCGCAGCUCCCAGCGCCGCCGCUGCCCCGGUAUUGUUGCUGCAGCUGGUGUUGUGAAUCAGGCCGACGGCAAGCGCUUCCUACAAUCCGGCUAUUUCACCACACCAGGGUUGCAUCAUACCACUCGCUUCGCUCCUCGCCCGCCUCCGGAGCCCUCCUGUGCCUUCCGGAGCAUCUCUGGCUGUGCUGUGUUUAACAGACUCCCCACUAAUAGACUGAUUUCUGCUGCUUUUGGCAAAUCAGCGGUUUCUGAUGAAACGGUGAGGUUCUAAAAUAAAGCCGCUUCUGCUGGGUGUGAGUCUGCUGGUGCAUCUGUUGUGAGAGGAAGCUGGUGACCACUUUGUGGAGGUUGUUGUGUGAGGUGCUCUGGGGUGAGACUCUCCCCUCAUCCCCACCUGGCCCUUGUCCCUGCUCUCCGGGCUCUGAGGUGCCCUGCAGUGCUGCGAGGGCUGAGCAGGGAUGCACACCGGGCUGCUGCCCUCAGCUUCCCCCGGCUGCGCGGGGCUUGGCUGAUCACAGCCGUCUGCCCUCACACAAACAAGGGGGCUGGAGCAAGUCCUCAAAAAUCAGGUCAAAAUUUGUGUGUGAAUGCAAAGACAGCCAGAGGCAGCACGGCAGGCAGGCCCAAUUUUCCAUUAACUUGCAAAGCCACACGGAGCUGAAAUUCCAAUGGGCUGCCCUCGAACUUUAUUGCUGGCCUUGUUUGCUGUCUUUGCUGAUCUUAUCUGUAACUGCUUUGGUGGCACAUGUGACAGGGGCUGGGGAGUGAAACAAGCACCCGUCCGUCCCCCUUUCCUCAGCUCCUGUCGCUGUGGGGUUAUGGCCACACAGCUUCAUCUCGUGUUUUGUGUGAUGGGAGCAAGGGUUUAAGUGGCUUGUUGACUCAGGGAUGGGACUGGGGGCAGUUCUGAGCCCUGGGGGCUCAGUGAUACCCUAUCCCAGGAUCUGGAGGGGAAAGGGGCUGUGGAACCAUGGGCAUCUCUGCUGCCUGGUACUGAGAGCUGCCAGCUCCCAGCCCUGGACAAGCAAAGACGCUGUCUUCUCCAGCAGCCUGGAAUCUGAGUUCCAGUGGGAGCAUCCCUCAGAUCCCUUGAUGUCACACUCCCGCCUUCCCCCUGGUUUCACUGUGAGAUAAAGGUGCUGUUCCCCUGCCCACAUCCGGCCCAGCUCAGUGCUACAGGCAGCACCUUGGAGACCAGCCAGGAUGAUUUACGAGAUCUGACGGGUCUGGGGCAGUAUCCCAGGGAAGGGCGAGGGUGCGUGGGAGUCUUGCUCCCUUUUUCCAUAAUAAAUCCCUGUGAACUGAAUGUUCCUGGGCUGGGGCCGGAGGCAAACUCAGCGCUGCAUUUCUCUGCUGAUCUGUCCUUGGGACUUAAUCUCAAAUCCGUUAUCGCUGCCCCCAUCGAGCGCUGGGAGGCAGUGAUGCCCAUUAUGGUGGUUUUGGUAUCCCUUCCAGCUAUUUUUUUCCCCCUGACCAGCUCGAGGUGGUUCAGGCUGAUUCCUUUCCUCUAUUAGCAUCAGUGGUGGGUGUGUGCCGGUCACCUCGCUCCGGUUUUGCGGGGUAUAAAGCCGGCAAGCCCCUCUCCACCCUGUCCCCACCUGGCAGGCUGCUGGCCAGGGGCAAUGGCCGAGCUGCCCAUCCCAGAUGUGUCCCCAGCCCGCUGCAGCGGCCGCUUCACCAUCAGCACCCUCCUGGGCAUGGAGGAGGGGGGCCGGGGUCCCUACACACCCACUGAGGGCUCCAACUGCGACAGCGCCCAGCCCACCCAGCUGUCCAGCAGCACCCUCUGCACCAGGACCUUCGGCUACAACACGGUGGAUGUGGUGCCAGCCUACGAGCACUACGCCAACAGCAAGGGGGUGGGCGACCCCAGGAAGGGCAGGCCCUCGCUGGCUGACCUGCACUCCAUCCUCAAGCCUGACCCAAGCCGCCUUCGCACGCCGGUGUCGGACCUGCAGCACAGCAAUGGGCUGCCAGAGGCCGGGCCGGAGGCUGGCCUGGAGGAGGCGGAAGGGGAGCCAGGCAGAGACUCCGAGCCAGAACCUGUCCGCUUUGGCUGGGUGAAGGGCGUCAUGAUCCGCUGCAUGCUGAACAUUUGGGGAGUUAUCCUCUACUUGCGCUUGCCCUGGAUCACCGCCCAGGCAGGAAUCGCCCUGACGUGGCUCAUCAUCCUCAUGUCUGUGACAGUGACCACCAUAACCGGCUUGUCCAUCUCUGCCAUAUCCACCAAUGGCAAAGUGAAGUCAGGAGGCACCUACUUCCUCAUCUCACGGAGCCUGGGGCCCGAGCUGGGAGGCUCCAUCGGGCUGAUCUUUGCCUUUGCAAACGCCGUGGCCGUGGCCAUGCACACAGUGGGCUUUGCUGAAACUGUCCGGGACCUGCUGCAGGAGCACAAUUCCCUCAUCGUGGACCCCACCAAUGACAUCCGAAUCAUUGGGGUCAUCACUGUGACGGUGCUGCUGGGCAUUUCCCUGGCUGGCAUGGAAUGGGAAGCCAAGGCACAGAUACUGUUCUUCCUGGUCAUCCUGGUUUCCUUCAUUAACUACCUGGUGGGGACAGUUAUCCCAGCCACUGCUGAGAAGCAAGCAAAGGGCUUCUUCAGCUACCGAGCUGAUAUCUUUGCUCAGAACUUUGUGCCCAACUGGCGUGGACCUGAGGGCUCCUUCUUUGGCUUGUUUUCCAUCUUCUUCCCAUCCGCAACCGGCAUCCUGGCUGGGGCCAACAUUUCAGGUGACCUGAAGGAUCCUGCUGUGGCCAUCCCCAAGGGCACCUUGAUGGCCAUCUUCUGGACCACGAUGUCCUACCUGGUGCUUUCUGCUACCAUUGGUGCCUGUGUGGUGCGAGAUGCCUCAGGCAGCCUGAACGACAGCGUGGCCGUGGGUUCUCCAGGCUGUGAGGGGCUGGCCUGCAGCUUUGGCUGGAACUUCACUGCCUGUGCCCAACAGCAGAGCUGCCGAUAUGGGCUCAGCAACUACUACCAGAGCAUGAGCAUGGUGUCUGGAUUUGGCCCCCUCAUUACAGCAGGAAUCUUUGGUGCUACCCUCUCCUCAGCAUUGGCCUGCCUUGUCUCAGCCCCCAAAGUCUUCCAGUGUCUCUGCAAGGACCAGCUCUAUCCUCUCAUUGGCUUCUUUGGGAAGGGCUAUGGGAGGAACAGCGAGCCCAUCCGUGGCUACCUGCUCACCUAUGUCAUUGCUGUUGGCUUCAUCCUCAUCGCCGAGCUCAAUGCCAUCGCCCCUAUCAUCUCCAACUUCUUCCUCUGCUCCUACGCCCUCAUCAACUUCAGCUGCUUCCACGCCUCCAUCACCAACUCCCCAGGCUGGCGACCCUCCUUUCGGUAUUACAGCAAGUGGGCUGCACUCUUUGGAGCUGCUGUCUCGGUGGUGAUCAUGUUCCUGCUGACCUGGUGGGCAGCCCUCAUUGCCUUCGGCAUCGUCAUCUUCCUCCUGGGAUAUGUCCUCUACAAAAAGCCAGAUGUCAACUGGGGCUCCUCCAUGCAAGCCAGCUCCUACAACAUGGCCCUCAACUACUCAGUGGGGCUGAGCGAAGUGGAUGAGCACAUCAAGAACUACAGACCACAGUGCCUGGUGCUGACUGGCCCACCCAACUUCCGCCCAGCACUGGUGGAUUUUGUGGGGACCUUCACCAAGAACCUCAGCCUGAUGCUCUGUGGCAACGUGCUGAUUGGCCCGCGGAAGCAGAAGAUGCCGGAGUCCCGGCUGAUGGCAGAUGGCCACACUAAGUGGCUAAUGAAGAGGAAGAUCAAGGCUUUCUACACAGAUGUGGUGGCUGAGGAUUUGAGAAGUGGUGUCCAAAUGCUCAUCCAGGCUGCUGGCCUCGGGAAGAUGAGACCUAACAUCUUAGUGCUGGGCUACAAGAGGAACUGGCGGACGGCAUCUCCCGAGAGCCUGGAGGACUACGUGGGCAUCCUGCACGACGCGUUCGAUUUCAAGUACGGCGUGUGUGUAAUGCGGAUGAAGGAAGGGCUGAACGUUUCCCGAGUGCUGCAGGCACAUGUUAACCCCACGUUUGAGGCAGCAGAGCACCCCAAGAAUGGCACUGGCAGCAGAGCAGCCCCAGGCACAGCAGCAGACCCCACCACCUUGGCCAGUGAGCAGCAGGCAAGCACCAUCUUCCAGAGCAAGCAGGGCAAGAAGACCAUUGACAUUUACUGGCUCUUUGAUGAUGGAGGUCUCACACUGCUCAUCCCCUACCUGCUGGGGCGCAAGAAGCGCUGGGGAAAGUGCAAAAUCCGGGUGUUUGUCGGCGGGCAGAUCAACAGGAUGGACGAGGAGAGGAAGGCGAUCGUCUCUCUACUGAGCAAGUUCCGCCUCGGCUUCCAUGAGGUCCACAUCCUCCCUGACAUCAACCAGAAACCCCGGCCAGAGCACAUCAAGAGAUUUGAUGAACUCAUCGCUCCCUUCAGGCUGAACGAUGGCUUCAAAGACGAGGCCACAGUGAAUGAGAUGAGACAGGGCUGUCCCUGGAAGAUUUCUGAUGAGGAGGUCGAUAAAAACAGGGCCAAGUCGCUCCGACAAGUGAGGCUGAAUGAGAUUUUGCGGGAUUACUCACGGGAUGCAGCACUCAUAGCCAUCACUCCGCCCAUCGGCAGGAAGGGCCGCUGCCCCAGCUCCCUCUACAUGGCCUGGCUGGAGACCCUCUCUCAGGACCUGAGACCCCCCAUCAUCCUCACACGAGGAAACCAAGAGAAUGUCUUGACCUUUUACUGCCAAUAAAACCUCCUGCAUUCCUGA